GGUGCGCAUGGACCACGGACAACGGGUACUCUCCCACCUUCGUCAACUUGUCGAUGGUGUUCAGGGUUACGAACGCUCUGGUCGCUGGCUACCGUUCCUUCUACCACCAUGCUGACUACCUAGCCAUCGUGCUACCAGAUCCGGCGGAGCAUGUGAAUGUGGAGGCGCCCGGGGCGACGAGGGAGGUGGUGGUGAGGUGGGCCACCCCUGAGACCCUCACGCAGUUCCCAGCUGACCUCAUCUACCUGCUUGAGUACCGACUGAGGCAGGCCUCCAGCUGGAGCGUGGGUGCCACAGGGCAGUGUAAGAGUGCCAAGUGCUGGACGUCUGUGGAGGUGGAGUACUGGUGGCAGGAGUACGAGGUGCGCGUCCGGCUUCGGUCUGGGGCUGCUAACUUCACCUUGGACGACGACGGCUGGUGGUCUGAUUGGUCAGCUGUGGCUGUUGUCACCCCUCCUGCAGAGCCCGAGGAGGCCCCGGCAGUAGGUCCUGGCACCUUCAGGAUCGCCAGAAACACUCCGGAGUACCGUGACCUGACCCUCUCCUGGCGACCUCUUCCAACACUCCUCCAUAAUGGUCCAGGUUUCUCCUACCUCGUCACCGCCACCAUCUACCCCGGAGGGGCGUCAGUGGCAACUGUGAACGUGACGGAGCCCUACGCUACCUUCACCAACCUGUCCACCAGCCUUCCUUACAGGCUGGAGGUGGUGUCCCAGAACAGCGAGGGCAGGAGCCAGGAAGGGUCGUGGGUGGUGGUGGGGGCGGACAACGACCUGCCGGACGACCCCGUCCUGCCCGUCGUCGUCCUCCACAGACAACAACAACAGUAUGAACUCAGGUGGCACAGCAGCAGGAGGAGGGCGGGCGACAGCUAUACCCUGUACGUGUGUGUGGACGGCCUCAUGACCUCACAACCAUGCCAGGCCGACCUGUACUGGCUGACAGUGGGCGGGGUGACGGCCAUCAACAUCACUCUGGAGGAGUUUAACCUGACGGAGGUGGAGGACACGGGCGUGAGGUUUGCCGUGUCUACAGAACGUGAGACGAACGUGUCCAGCGGUGUGUCCUGGGACACUUACUCUGCCGUGUCCAGCGGGAUGUCCUGGGACACUUACUCUGCCGUGUCCAGCGGGAUGUCCUGGGACAGGUGUUCCACCCCCAGGGCCCACACCACCGCCCACCGCCCGCCCACCCUCACAUCCCCCGUAGAUGUGUCGGAGACGACAGCCAGAGUCCAGUGGACGCUGGAGUGUGAUGACUGGGCCGGGGUGGUGGAGGCCCUCGAGAUCACCUAUUGUCUCGGUCACCACAACCUCUCCCAAGACUGUCACGUGGCUGUGCAUCUAAUGCAGAUGCUGUUAGAAAAGCCGAGUCUAUGUGCGGGUCUGUGUGAUGUUUCAGGCGAGUCAGCAUGGGAGAGUGAGGUGUGGUCGGGUGUGGUGGAGGUGAGGCAGCUGGCAGCGGCGUCACAGUACACGGUGUGGCUCAGAGUCUCCUUCCGCUCAGGGCUCUCCCAGUGGUCCAGUCCUCAGCACUUUAUAACCGACUCUGGAAGCCCUGCAGUUUUUACGGAGUGGAAAUUACAUGUAGGAACGGGCAGCUCUGGGCACGACGCCACUGAAAGGAAGCUGGCGGACACCAUCGAGGAGGUCAACCGUGACAUUCACCUCCCCGAGGGAUUGGUCUCUGAGUUCAAGAACCGCUGUGCAGCGCUACAGAAUUCCAAGGCAAGAAAAUCUAUGGCAGCACAACAGGCAAGAAAGUCUAUGGCAGCACAACAGGCAAGAAAGUCUAUGGCAGCACAACAGGCAAGAAAGUCUAUGGGCCAAUAG